UGGUCUAUAAUAAGCAUGUACAUGAAAAUGGUUCCAAGGAACCUGGUUCGUGAUGGGGCUGGCAGUGUGAAGAUGGUUCCAGAAGAAUCCGAUGAUUUAUGGGUUGCUUAUAACUUGAUAGCUGUAGGUGACACCGUCUUAGCUGUUACAGUGAGGAAAGUUUUAAGAGAAACAGCUUCUGGAGAAACAGCUGCGGAACGCGUGAAGUUGAAACUGGAAACAAAAGUGGAGGCUGUGGAUUAUGACAAAGAAGGUGGUGUUUUGCGCAUACGUGGAAAGAACAUCCUGGAAAACAAACACGUUAAGAUAGGGGCAUUUCACACUCUAGAAAUUGAGCUUCAACGACCUUUUGUGCUAACAAAGCAAAUUUGGGACUCACUUGCGUUAGAUGUACUCCGUCAAGCUUCAGAUCCUUGUGCAACUGUGGAUCUAGCGGUGGUUUUAAUGCAAGAAGGAUUGGCACAGAUCUUCCUAGUCGGUAAAAGUGUGACAACUACUCGUUCACGGAUAGAAGUGCCAAUUCCUCGCAAGCAUGGCCCUUCCAUUGCUGGUUAUGAUGCAGCUUUGAGCAAGUUCUUCGACAAUGUUUUACAGGCUUUCCUGAUAUAUGUUGACUUCAAGGUUGUCCGCUGUGCUGUGAUUGCAAGUCCAGGGUUCACUAAGGAUCAAUUUCAUCGUCACUUAUUGUUGGAGGCGGAAAGGACACAACUGAGACCUAUUAUUGAGAAUAAAUCUCGCAUAAUUCUAGCGCAUGCAACCUCUGGAUACAAGCAUGGUUUGAGAGAGGUGUUGGAUGCCCCAAAUGUAAUGAAUAUGAUUAAAGACACAAAAGCAGCACAGGAGGUCCGAGUUCUGAAGGAUUUCUUCAGCAUGCUUUCAAAUGAUCCUGAUCGUGCAUGCUAUGGACCAAAGCACGUUGAGGUUGCCCAUGAACGAAUGGCAAUCCAGACACUUCUCAUCACUGAUGAACUCUUCAGGACUGCUGAUAUAGCAGCAAGGCAAAAUUACGUUAAGUUGGUUGAUUCGGUCAAAGCUUCAGGGGGCACCACGCACAUAUUUUCGUCUAUGCACGUCUCAGGAGAGCAACUUGCGCAGCUGACCGGGAUUGCAGCAAUCCUUCGUUUCCCCCUGCCAGACCUGGAAGACAUUGAGAUGUGA